AUGCCUGUUCUACGUAGCGCGGCUCGGAGGCCCCGGGAGGCGCAGGAGAACCCGGCGGCGGCGGAGGCGCCGCCACCUGCAGCGAGGAGCCGUAGGGCGCCGAGGAGGAAGGCGGCGGCAGGAGACGUCCGUGAGGCGGCGGAGGAAGUGAGGAAGGCGGAGGAGGAGAUAAAGCCGGCGCCGCCACCUGCAGCGAGGAGGCUUAGGGCGCCGAGGAGGAAGGCGGCAGGAGGCGUCCGUGAGGCGGCGGACGCGGCGGAGGAAGAGAGGAAGGCGGAGGAGGAGAUCAAGCCGGCGCCGCCACCUGCAGUGAGAAGGCUUAGGGCGCCGAGGUGGAAGGCGGCAGGAGGCGUCCGUGAGGCGGCGGACGCGGCGGACGCGGCGGAGGAAGAGAGGAAGGCGGAGGAGGAGAUCAAGCCGGCGCCGCCACCUGCAGUGACAAGGCUUAGGGCGCCGAGGAGGAAGGCGGAGGAGGAGAUUAAGCCGGCGCCGCCACCUGCAGCAAGAAGGGGUAGGGCGCCGAGGAGGAAGGCGGCAGGACGCGUCCCUGAGGCGGCGGCCACGGCGGAGGAGGAGACGAAGGCGGAGGAGGAGAUUAAGCCGGCGCCGCCACCUGCAGCGAGGAGGGGUAGCGCGCCGAGGAGGAAGGCGGCAGGACGCGUCCCUGAGGCGGCGGCCGCGGCGGAGGAGGAGAUCAAGCCGGCAGAGGUCUCGGCGGAAGGCGCCGCCAGCGAGGACCCGAUGGACGACCAGAACAGCGCCGACAGGGACACCAGCGACGGCUAUCCAAUCCCUGACACGGUCCAGGUGGCCAAUUCACCCAGGUAUACAGUUGAAAGGAGGCUUGGUAAAGGAGGAUUUGGCCAAGUAUAUCUUGGCCGCCGCAAUGCGGGUAACGGGGCAGGCGCAGUUGAGGUUGCAUUAAAGUUUGAGCAUAAGACCAGCAAAGGAUGCCACCACGGACCUCCUUCUGAGUGGAAGGUUUACGAAAUCCUUGGUGGCAUUCAUGGGGUUCCCCGAGUUCACUACAGAGGGCUCCAAGGGGAUUACUUUGUUAUGGUCAUGGAUAUGCUCGGUGUGAGUCUGUGGGAUGCGUAUAAUAAUGGUUCCCACACAAUGUCAGUUGAGAUGGUUGCUUGCAUUGCUAUUGAAGCUAUCUCCAUUCUCGAGAAAGUGCACUCAAAAGGAUACGUGCAUGGAGAUGUUAAGCCUGAGAAUUUCUUGCUAGGCCCCCCUGGAACUCCUGAAGAGAAAAGACUGUUUCUCGUCGACCUUGGAUUAGCUAGCAAGUGGAAGGAUAGAUGCGGUCAUGUUGAUUAUGACCAGCGACCUGAUGUUUUCAGGGGAACGGUUCGUUAUGCUAGUGUCCAUGCACAUCUUGGGAGAACAGGUAGCAGGAGGGAUGAUUUAGAAUCUCUAGCCUAUACACUAGUCUUUCUUCUACGGGGACAUCUACCUUGGCAAGGUUACCAGGGUGAAAACAAGGGCUUUCUUGUUUGCAAAAAGAAAAUGUCCACCUCUCCAGAGUCUAUAUGUACCUUCUGCCCUGAACCCUUCAAGGAGUUUUUGGAUUAUGUGGUCAACUUGAAGUUUGAAGAAGAACCCAACUAUGCAAAGUGUAUCUCCCUCUUUGAUAGUAUAGUGGGCCCAAAUCCAGAUAUCAGGCCAAUUAACACAGAUGGUGCUCAGAAGCUUAUAUACCAAGUUGGGCAAAAGAGAGGGCGCAUAUCGUCAGAAGAAGAGAUAGAUGAGCAACCAAAGAAAAAGAGAAGGUUGGGAAUGCCUGCAACACAGUGGAUAAGUGUUUAUAAUGCAAGACGGUGUAUGAAACAAAGGUACCACUACAAUGUUGCAGAUUCAAGGCUUGCACCACACAUUGAGAAAGGGUAUGAAGAUGGACUGUAUAUCAGUUGCAUAUCGUCUUGUCAAAAUCUCUGGGCACUAAUCAUGGAUGCUGGCACUGGGUUCUCGGCUCAAGUCUAUGAACUUUCACCACAUUUUCUAAACAAAGAAUGGAUUAUGGACCAAUGGGAUAGGAACUACUAUAUAAGUGCACUUGCUGGAGCAAGCAAUGGGAGUUCCCUGGUAGUGAUGUCUAAAGGAACACCGUAUACCCAGCAGUCGUACAAAGUGAGUGGAACUUUUCCCUUCAAAUGGAUAAACAAGAAAUGGCGCGAUGGUUUCUAUGUGACUUCCAUGGCAAGUGCUGGAAAUAAAUGGGCAGUUAUUAUGUCUCGUCACGCAGGAUUUUCUAGACAGGUUGUUGAACUGGACUUCUUGUACCCCAGUGAGGGGAUCCAUAAAAGGUGGGAUGAUGGUUAUCGGAUAACAUCAACUGCUGCAACUUCGGACCAGACUGCAUUGGUUUUAAGUGUACCAAGAAGGUGGCCUAGUGAUGAAGCUCAAGAAACACUGAGAACAUCUGCUUUCCCUAGUCAUCAUGUGAAGGAGAAAUGGUCCAAGCAUCUCUACCUUGCUUCAGUAUGCUAUGGGCGUACUGUAUCGUAGAAGCCUUUUGCCCUGUGCGAAGCCAUUUAAUGUCGAGUUGGUCCCAUCUUUGGGUCCAGUUCACAGUAGCAGCUUGUUUUUGCGGGCAUGUUCUGAAUGCGACCUAAUGUGGGCCUGUGAAGAUGUUUCUGCUUACUGUUCUUAAUUCUAGAAUAGUGUGUACAGUGGUAAAUGUUUGUAGUCCGUGUUAGUCUUCAAUGUAGCAGACUCUUAAUUAUAGUGUAAGGUGUCGUCAGAUUUGAACACCUGAUCGGUAUGACUGAACUUCUGUGUGGUCGUGUUAGAGGAAAUGACACUGGAACCGUAUUUUUUCGGCA